AUGUCGAUGCAGUCAAAUGUGGCAGCUGAUGCGUUAAAGGAUAAAGCAGAACUGACAGUCCAGUUGCCACCGGGCUAUCCUUCUGGGGAUCCGGAGAAUCCCGUGCCUCCUGUGAUAACUGUUCGUCUAUUACCUGCAGCCCUGAACAACGGGAUCAACGAGCGCAAGGUCACCUCACUCUUUAGUGCGUGGCUAGAUGAUGCGGUGGGCAACGGAGAGCCAGUGAUCUGCUCCACAGUCGAUUGGUUACAAAGGGAGUUAACAGAUUUGACAUUGAAAACCACUGCAAACUGCGAAGAAGCAGGUGAUGAGAUAAACAAACCGACUGAAAUUAUGGUCUGUAUGUGGAUUGUGAGUCACCACAUUCGAAACCCGAUUAAAAGAAGGCUGAUUCAAGAAUGGGCAGCCGAGUUGAAGCUUGGUGGCGUAUCUAUGCCAGGGAAACCGGGAAUUGUGGUUGUGGAAGGUGCAGCCAAAAAUGCGGACGAGUACUGGAGGCGCUUACGCGGUUUACAGUGGAAACAUAUUCAGAUUCGAGAUCGCGAGGUAUUUGGUACGGGCAAUUUUAAGCAGCUUCGAUUUUCCGGUGAAUUUCAGGAAAUCUUUCUGUCCCAUCAAAGCCGUUUUGCUUGGUUUCAUGAACGAGGAAUCACGUCAGAUCAGUUCACCUUGGUGUUCGGUAUUCCCGGAAGAUUACCUCAAAAGGGCUCACACUAG